UGUGGCCAAUGGCCAUUCUCCUUGGGGCAGAAGAAGAAGAUAGUUCGAGCUAGACCUGCGACCAUUCUGCGUUCUUCAAACGGCGUAGGAACGAAGGAGGCUGUUGAGCGCACUCAUUACAGCUGAACAUUUCCGAUGGAGGAUUCAAACGACACAGCUGGCGUUUCACCGCCCGAAGAGGAAGACCUCAGCUUCCACGAAACUCAAGAAUGGAGCGCACCUGGAUGGAACGUCGGCCGAAGACAGGGUAAGCGCGGCAAGCGCGGUAAAAGAGAUACACGAAGAGACCGGCGCUCUAAGCGAGAGAAGCAACGGAAACAGCGAAAAGCACCCGAAGCGAACCGGCCGAAGACUCCAAGUAGUGCGGAAGAAUCUCUGGAACAAGUGAAGCUCUCAGCACCGGGCAAAGAUAAAACCGUAGCACCUGCACAAGAACGAUCGCUUGACGGAGAAGUCGAAGGACUUUGCUCUGCUGUAGGAGACGACCUGUCCUCUGCUUUUGAGACCGAGGUAACCGGAGAGGAUACUGUCCUGUCGAGUACGAGGGGGAUGAGGCAAAAAGAAGCAAAGAAGGGCACGACUGCUGAUAUGGACACAGAAUCACACUCGUCCUUCACGGGUUCAAAGGCAAGUGCCGAUGAGGGUGGGGAUGAGUUCACAGCAGAGCUCGGCAGAGAGAAGCUGACUGAAAAAGCGGUAGAAUUCGCUAAAGAGGCAAAAAAAUGGGCGGCUGCGAUGAAACAGAUGAAUGCGAAAGCCGAGAACUUGAAGCAAGCUAUGGUUGGGACAGACCAAGAGAAGGCCAAGAGGGAUGCCUAUGUGGAUGAGUAUAAGAAGAAAGCAAUAGCUUGCGAACGGAACGCCCGUAGAGCUAUUGCAAAAUAUAAGGAGAUCCUAAGUGAAAUUAAGAAGUUACCACCAGAGCCGAAGGGAAACAAUCUGGAUGUGUACGGGGAAGAUGAGGACAUAUCCAAAUUGGAUCAGGAGAUUACACAAACGAUCGGCGCUAAAGUAUCUGGAAAAAAUCCCGCAGAACCAAAAAAGAAAUUCGAAGAGCCGCAACCAAAGAACGUUUCGGACACUCUCCAGAAAGCUUCCGUAUGUGAUAGUCCUGCUACAGUGGAACAUGCCAAAGGUGCGAGUUUGGCCGACCCUGCAGCACUCACGAACGUUGUAAAGCAGAAUCUCAACUGGGGACAAACCUACCAGGGAUACUAUCCAUUUCGACCUAGAUUGCUUUUGAGACCUGGCAUGGACUUCGGCAGACUAGAAUACGUACCCAUGGCCCCUGAAGGGUACGUUCCCCGACCAGCGGCGUCCUACAUGUCUCCAGACCAGUACCUAUGGCCUGGAGGUGUAUUUAUGCCUGUGGAACAUGGCACCAAAAUACGUGUACCGAUGAGCGGGGAGGAAUGCUCUGGAAACUGGGGUGCGCCUGCAAUUCGUGAAGACCAGUUUAUCAGAUAUGGCAUUCCCAUUCAACCCGAGGAAUACUAUGCGAGAAUUCGGAACUACAAGCCCAAUGCUCCGUUGUUUCCACCGUGUCGUCCAGGAAUUCCUGAACUUCCGGAACAAGACCUGCAUAGGCGACAGUACGGACCCGGAGCGUCGGAACCUCAGUUCGGACCUGACAAACGCACCUGUCCAGUGUUUGCACGUUCAUACCCAGUGGUGGCCUCUCAUUACCCGUCGAAGUACGGCGACCGUUACGGUGACGAUAUGGACUACUACACUCCACCUUCACGUAAAUACUCUGGAACUGAACAAACCGCGCCGAGAGUACGAUCCCGUUCACCGCUGAUUUCCGCAGCGGAAGACCUUACCGAAAGGACUGAUAUCGCUCUGAAACGUGCGAGAGACGCUGUAGAGGCGGCCCGUUUAUUGAAAGACGUAACCAACGAGGCCUACGAAGGACCAAGUUUAUUGGAAAAUAAUGAGGAGAGCUCGUCACUGUACCCACCAAGGCAUGUAAGAGAAAGGGUGGAUCGAAAGCAGACUGACAUGUCGCCUCGCGGAGCGGCAGGUACGUCGAAUAAAGGGUAUAUGGAGGCAUCCGAUAGAAAACGGCUUGACAGUUCGGAUCAGCGGCAGACAGAGAUACUAGAUCGAAGUCAAACUGGAACGCCCCGUUAUAGGCAGGUGGAUUCGUUGGAUGAGGUCCAGAUGUAUAGCUCCGGUCGCAGACAGGCAGAUAUGUUCGAUCGCAAGCACGGUCGUAGGCCAUCGGUUACACAAGACAAGAGGUCACUGGACACUUCGGGUCGAGAGGCCUCUUACAAGGCUGGUCGUAGGUCACCUCAUAUAACGGAUGGGACGACAUCAGAUGCACACUAUCGAGCGCCAACUGACGACACAUACCGUCUGAGACCGUCAGACACAUAUGACCGUGAACGGUCGGAGCGAUGGCCCUCUGACGUCUCAGGUCGCAAACCAUUUGAAAAGUCAGAACGGAGGCCACUGGAUGAGCUCGAUCGGCGAAAAGACGUGCAGUCAGAAAAACCCCUUAGGAGGACUGGGCCAUCGGUGAACAUACCAAAGGCCUUCCUAGAAAAGAUGCGGCUGGCAGAAGGAGAAGAUGAAACUACAAAGACAGCAUCUGAAGAGUCUUUGCUCCGAGACCGGCCCAAGUUCGUCAACGUGCCUUCAGAGUCGUCAGCAAAAAAACCCAAAAUGAAACGGAGAGGAAGCGUGUACGUUAAGGGCCACCUCCUGCCAAUAGAAGACGACGAGUCUGAAAAAUCUGAAAAAGAAAAGGUGACGGCUAAAAAACAACCAACUUUCGUGGAUGUACCGUCAGAGCCCCGCCCACAGAAGCCGCGACUGAAAAGAAGGGGGAGCGUUUACGUGAAAGGACAUCUCUUGCCAACAUCAGAUGAGGAUGAAUCUGACAAAGACAGUUCAUCACUGAAGCCACCAAUUAUCAUUACCAGUAACGACACACCAGGACAGAAAAAGGUAACAAAAAGUGCUCUUAAGAAGCCCAAAUUGCCGCUAGUAGCUCCAAAGCCAGAACGCACCAUCGAAGAGAAAACAUCAAUGAAGCAAUCUAAAGUAUCCCGUAAAAGUGAUUGGCCUAAGACUCAAGUCCCGCAUUCGCUACGUAAGGCGUCGAUUCCAUUUGCAAUUCGAUUCACAGCAACGCAGACUUCACGUCAGCAUCUACCGUCACAAAUAAGGUAUUUCAUGAGGGAUCAAGGAACGAACACAGACACGUCAACACCUCUCCGUAGACGGACAUGCGAGAGCCCGUUCUGCACGAAGUGCAAGACCAAGCUGUCUCCUUAUGGUACACCUUGUUCGUGGUUUCGUUCGCUGUGCUCUCAAUGUUCAGCCAAGCAGGAGGAGGCUAGCACUGAUACUUCGACCACGGAAAGUCGGCCUGUUAUAUGCCGGCUGAAAGAAUCUGUGAUGGCGGUCGCUUCUUAUAUAAGAGAUGGUCUAACUGCGCACCCAGGGAAGGCAGAACAAACUCAGCAUGCAACUUUAGCCUUGGAUGUAACUCAUACAGAGGCAGACCGUUCACGCAAACCCGUGAUUUCACAAGUGAAAGAGGCUGUGAUGAAGGAGUCUGAAUCUUCCAGUGUGGUUGAGGAUAUUCCACUCAAGACAGAGGCUGAGCUAGAGCCUGGAAAGACUUCAUCGCACGAUGCGUUGGAGUGGUUUAGGUCCUUGGAGGCUAAUUUGGUGGGGGAAAUUGCAAUGCCAAGAUCCACGGAAGUGAGAGAGGCCCUGCCAGUGGCUACAGAGCAAGCAAUCCCUCUCCCUUUGGUAAAGAAGAAAUCAGAACGGAAGCGGAAGAAAGGAAGUGGUCGCCCCAGCGAGACAAUUUCCGAGUCGUUGAAGUUGCCAGGGACGAGCGAGACGGCCAUGAAGACUUUGAAAGAGGGCGUUCAAACAGAAGGGAAAGCUUCUGAAGCGACACAAGAUAAAGACACCAUAAAAGGAUACGAUGGUGUGAGACCUAAUGAAAGCACUGUUAGACUUGGUGUCGAUGCACUUGAAAGCACUGUUUACGACGACACUAAAGAUGAAGUGUCGAGAAUGAGCGAGAUUGGCCGCAGGCUAAGUGACAUUCUAAUAGAGAUAAGUACCGAUAUGAAGGAAUGUGAAGCCGAAUCUAAGACGAGCGAUAACGAGAUUAGACCUAAAACAAGUGAUCUUGAGCUCGGUGCUAGGCCUAGUGAUACAGAAGUAGCAUCAGAGCCCAGCUUAAUAGAUAUGACAUUACCCCCAAGCAAGAGAAGUGAAAGGGCUGACAAAGUCGACCUAGAUCCAUUGAAAGAGAGCGGUGGUUUUAUCGAACGCCACACGACGAUUCUUCGCUUCAACCCCGAGGUUCAAAUCCAACCUGUUAUUUCAGACGUAGAUGAAGAUAUACCUAUCCCAACAUCAGACGCGGGACAGGAGGAGAAAGCCAUCGAAGAGAUAGCAGACAUCGAACAACUGUUAGCAACAAAAAUUGAACAGAAAGUUGAAAAGGACGAAACGAUCGAAAAGUCGCACUCACAAGACUCGUUUUUUAGAUUGGACACUGUGGCUCCGAAGCAAGAACAAGAGGACGACUCUCACAGUGAAGACCAGCCUCAGCCUGAACGACCCAUAGUGAAGCCUGAGGUACAAUAUGUCAAACGGAGCGAAAGUCCAUCGGGAACUCCGGAGGAAGCUGCCAUUGCGAAGGUCGCGAGGGCUAAGGGAAUUGGAGGCAUUGAGUUACAUGAAGAAGAUGAAAGCGAAGAAAAACAGGAAACUGUGAUCACUGCAAGCAAAGAAGAGCAGGCAACACUAUCCCCAGUGACCCCAGAGAGAAGGGUAGGUCCUGUAGCUUCUCCAAGGCCAGGAAUCCCUAAAGGAACAUCAUCACCUUUGACAGCAGCAACACAAGGACUGGCAACUCCUAUAACACCCGCAAUAGAGGAAGAGUUCUUAACUGCUAUGACACCCGGAGUAGACGAACAACCGGCAGGCCCCGUAACACCAGAAAUGGCAGAAGGUGCGGCAACUCCUAUAUUCCCAGCAAAGGACGAAGCGACAGCCACACCAGAGAGAAGCGAGGAAGAUAUUGUUCAACAUGACGAAAAAGUGCUAGAGGAGCAGGAGGAGGUUGCCCAUGAAGAAGCAGAGAGAGAAGUUGAGAUUACAAAAGAAGAGCAUGGCAAAGAUCAUUUCUUCGCGGCUACUGACGAGCAUGCCCGAAUGGAUGAAGUGACUCCAACAGCCGAGGAACCCGCGAGGGCACUGCCGGAAGAACAAAUCGAAGCACCCGAUGAAGAUCGCUUGCCAUCUGAGGAACACGCGAUAACUCAAGAAUACGUAGAAGAACAUGUGUUGGAAGAGGGUCCUGAGGGAACGGCAGAAGUGUCAAGUACAUUGCCUGAAAAAGAAGAGCCGGAACUGGAGCUUGAACAGGAACCCAUAGUCGUUUAUCCCGCCGCCUUACAAGAUUAUGCUUACGAAGGGGAAUUCGAAUCUCCCGUAUCGGAAGCACGGGAUCACGCUCCACCGGAUUACAUUCACACACCCGAGCGUGUUAUGUCGAAAGAAUCACCAGCUUAUACUCCAGCUCCUCGUCAAGUAUUUCCGCAAAGAGACGCUGCUCCGCCAGUGCUGCCGCUGGUUAUAGCCUAUAAAGAGGACAAGAAGUUUUGGGGAAUCGUAGACAGCGGUGUCACCUACUACCCCGAAAGUGUGGUCCUGUUUAUUGUGGCUGUCAUUAGCGUUGUCUGGAUAGGGUUCAUAGUGAUAACUUCAGGCGUCAGGCACGACUACAUGUAUUGGACAAGGCAUUUCACAACAGAAACAACUAGUAGCGUGACGCCUAGUAGAACCCCACCACCACCGUCGAAUGAAAGUACAACGGCCGUCAAUGAGUUUACCGUCCCCUUAUCUAUGUACUUCUGCGACAUCCCAUUCUGUCAAAGAGAGGCUAGUUACCUAUCUGCACUGCACUCUGGCGACGCCUGCACAAAUUUCUAUUCUUAUGUGUGUAACGGUCGUACUGCUGACUGGAUUCCUGACGUUGGCACUGUCGUUUCAACAGACACCCUGUUAACGGAAUUUCUGGAGUCGUUUAUCAUAGAUUACCUACAAGACACGAGCAACCAAGAUGUUACGCUGGCCAGAAGGUUGUUGACGAGUUGCGUUGACACCAGCGACGUGAGCGCGGACAUAAAUGACUUGAAAAAGAUAUUCACAGACUACUUCGCUGGAAGGCAGUGGCCAAUAGAGAGAUCGGCUACCGGCAGCCUGCAAGAUAUAUGGGUUGCGGCGGGUCAUCUCAGCAGGGAUUUGGACAUCGAGCCUCUAAUCAAAGUUACUGCAGAUGUUCACCCAGAGAAAAAGACGAGUUACAUCGUUAGCAUAGACGAACCCGAAUUAAUUGUAAGAGGGCCUCGUAUCACUGUUUCCAUCGUCUACAACGUCAUCACCGUAGCUAUCCAAGACAGCGUCGCACUCCUCCAAAGCACCGUUGACACCAACGACGUAUUGGACGACGUUGUGCAAGUCAUGUCGUUGCUUUCUUCUCUGGUUGCCAAUACCUCAAUUCGAUACUUAGGGUCAGAAAAUUAUCGCAUUAUGUCACUCGGUGAGCUGGGGUCGGACGUCAACACGACUUUAUUGUUCGUGUUUGGAAACGUCAUUAAGUACGAGGACGACGCUGAGGUACUGGUGAAAUCGCCCAAGUACUUUGAGAUGAUCAAAAGUCUACCAGCGAAAGGACUCGACCCUAGAGCUGUCUUGAACUACUUCGGCUUUCACAUCAUGCUCUACUUUGCGUCCCUAUUCCCAGCUUUGUCAAAGCUGUCGCCGCUCAACACUAUGGCAUACGGACGUUCGCAACAGCUUUCGACGGAUCCAGUUUCUGCGUGCUCUAAAGUGGUGGAACGCCUAUUCCCUGCAGUGUACCUUCGUAUUGCUGCACUUCGAAGCCAACGCAUCGGCUUCACAACCUUUCGCCGAAUGUGGGCGUCCAACAUCGAGAUAAAGUUUACCGAAGGUCUCAAGAGAUUAUCCUGGGCGCAGAAUCCUAAUUUACGUAUGACCGAUUCGAGCGACACCUAUUUCGCUCGGCACAAGUUGCAAAAGGCCAAGUUUCAGCACUUCUAUCCGCCUUGGGUGCUGGACAACGCGACAUUCCAAGACUACAUGCAAUACGUAGAGAGCAGAAUAACAGGUCACGACACCAGCAGUACGAUCAACCUGCAUCGUGCGUUGUCCAUGGCUCUUCGAUCCGACAAGACGCAUGAAAUAGUUCACGGACGACCUCCUAACUACUACGUUUCGACGUCAAUUUUCGACACGUUAGCGAGUUACGAUGCACAACACAAUACGGUCUCCAUCCCAGUAUCUAUCAUGAACGAUUCCAUACCCUGGAACGGAUCGAUGUUUGCGCUGCACAUAGCACGGUUCGGAGUGCGAAUCUACAAGGGGCUUCUGCCCUUGCUCUAUAACGAUUACGUGUACCGCGGAACGUCGGAUGAGGAUGAUGUAUUCUUCAGUGAAAGAUACGAAGUAGAGCUUCGGCGGAUGACCAGUUGUCUGCUGCAAGCGUAUCAAGACGCACCAGAGCUGCUGAAAAGUGACUACAUGAGAAACUUGGUGGAGUUAGAGGCCGCGGUGUUUUCACUUCUUGAACAGACAGUGGCUCUGAUGCAGGCCUUUUGGGCCUUUCAGGAACUGCUGAGCAUCCGGCGCAUCUGGAACUCUGACUUUCGGUUGUCCAAUGUACCAGAGAUGAGCGCGGACCAAUUGUUCUUCGUCUACUACGCCCUGGACAACUGCGAAGCGAGCGACACGAUUUAUCACAAGCGCAUGUUCGAGAGCCGGUUCCAGCUCCCAGCCGAAGACCGGGUCAACUUCCCUUUGACUCAGAUGGAGGAAUUCAAGACUGCCUUCAGAUGUCACGGAAAGUCCGCCAUGGGAUUUAACUCGCCGUGCUCCGUGGUUCAAUAAUACGUAAUUUAAGUGGAUCAAUUAUAUUUACGGUUUCGAUAAACAAUGUCUCAUACAUUGUCA